AUGCCCCUACAAACUCUAGACUUUGCCAAGUUCACUCAUGGAAGCGAGGUACAGAAGAAAGGGUUGGCCCGCGACCUCGUUCGAAGUUUGAAGAAUCAUGGCUUUGCCAAAUUCAUCAACUAUGGCAUCAGUGAGGAGAUGACAGCUGAUAUGUUCAAGUCUAAGAGUUCUGAGCUGUUUGCCUUAUCAUUCGAAGAAAAGGUGGCAAUGGCCAACUUGCCCCGGGACGCACCACAACGAGGAUGGAGUCGUCAGGGUGCCGAAACUACAGCAUACCUGAGACCGGAGAGAUUGAAGGAAGGCACCGCCCUCGAUCUGAAAGACGAAAAGGAACAUUUCGACUGCAGCGCACCAGACGAUACUGAGUACCCGAACCUAUGGCCUCGUGAAAAUGCCCUGCCCGGAUUCCGUGAGUUCAUGGAAAGAUUUUUUGACUUGUGCCAGCACGUCAGUCUCCAAAUAAUCGAGGCUAUGGAGAUUGGUCUUGAUUUUCCUCACGGUAGCCUCGGUGACAAAUGCGCGGACACGGCUAGCGAGUUGCGCCUCAACCACUAUCCCGCUGUCCCACUUUCUCAACUUCUGGGCGGCGGCUCCAAGAGGGGAUGGCCUCAUAUAGAUUUUGGUAUCAUUACUCUAGUUUUCCAGGAUCAUGUUGGCGGGCUCGAGAUGGAGGAUCGCUCCGACCUAGGAACCUUCGUGCCAGUUCCGCCAAACGCGCCCGGGUCCCACAGUGAAUUGGCUGUCAACAUUAGUGAGACAUUCCAGAGGUGGGCAAACGACCAGAUCCCAGCUGGUGUACACCAGGUGGCUCCACCCGAGAAUAUGCGAGGCAUGCCAGGAGACAGUAUCGUACCCGAGCGCUACACACACAUCUUCUUUUUCAAAGCGAGCCGAUCCACCAACGUUGGCCCUCUUCCGGAGUUCAUCGACGAAAAGCAUCCCCCCAAGUAUGAGGAUAUGACGGCAUUGCAGCUUCAGAGGAACAGAACUGCAUUUUUGCAUUCACUACACCAGAAAUAG